CUCUCUCUUCGUUGGGCGGAAUGCAGCGUCAGAAGUCCAUCCUCUCCUUUAUGCACAAACCCUCGCCGGAACCCCAUAAGUCCGGCGAUAUUUUCUCCUUCUCCAGUAAGCCGCCGUGCCAGAUUCCGUCAACGCGGCAACCAGUCCAGAGUUCAGCCCUGGCGGGAAUCUCCACCACGGAUCCUUCAGCAGACGAUGUUAGAGGAAUCGAUACUCCACCGGAAAAGAUCUGUCGUCCAUUCUUCAGUUCGAGAUUUCCUGCAGCAUUCGAUUCUGCCGACGAAAGCGUGGUGCAGCCCUUCUCCAGCAUACUACAUAAGUUCGCUAAGGAUGAUGCUGCGAAGAGCUACAGUACAAAGAACCAAAAGGAAAUAGUUUCAUCUAGUUUGCUCUCUAAAUCCUCCGGACUAGAGGAUAACAAUCCAGACAAGAGAAAUGGAAUGUUCAUUGAAGAUAGGGAGAAGAAUGCUGAUGAUUUUGUUUUCGAGGCAAACGGGAAGGCCCAAAAUGCAGAACUUGUAUUGGAUUUGCUGGGACCAGAAACUCCUGCUACGAGACCACAUGUUCCUCACUUUAAGAGGAUACAAAAUAUAAGUGAUUUUGAACACAUUUCAUCCUCUUUCAUUUUGGGAUCUAAUAAAAGGCAGAAGCCAAAUGAAGAACUCCCAGAAAAAGAAGUUCAUGACGAGAAAUAUGAAAUUUCUAGUAAAUUUGAGUGGCUUAAUCCUUCUACAAUUCGAGAUGCAAAUGGUAGACGCCCUAAUGACCCAUUAUAUGACCAGAGAACAUUAUACAUUCCUUCUGAUUCCUUGAAGAAAAUGUCAGCUUCUCAGAGACAAUAUUGGAGUGUAAAAUGCAAUUAUUUGGAUGUUGUACUUUUCUUUAAAGUCGGAAAAUUUUACGAACUAUAUGAGUUAGAUGCUGAGAUUGGUCAGAGAGAGCUCGACUGGAAAAUGACUGUCAGUGGUGUGGGUAAAUGCAGACAGGUUGGAAUUUCUGAAGCAGGAAUUGAUGAUGCGGUUGAUAAACUUGUAGCUCGAGGUUAUAAGGUGGGCCGAAUGGAGCAAGUUGAGACCUCAGACCAAGCCAAAGCUAGAGGAAAAAAUUCAGUUAUAGAAAGGAAGUUGGUCCUUAUGGCUACUCCAUCCACUGCUAUUGACGGCAGCAUGGGUCCAGAUGCUGUUCACCUACUUGCUCUGAACGAGGGACAAUCAAAUAAUGGUUCCACUGUUUAUGGAUUUGCUUUUCUGGAUUAUGCUGCUUUAAAAUUUUGGGUUGGCUCUUUUAUUGAUGAUGGUUCCUAUGCGGCACUGGGGGCUUUGUUAGUGCAAGUUUCACCCAGGGAAGUUCUCUAUGAAAAAUCUGGACUCUCUAAAGAAACUCAUAAGGCACUUAUGAAAUAUGCUUCAAAAGGUUCGAUUACUAUGCAAAUGACUCCCAUUGUAUCGGAUCAAGAAUUUUUGGAUGCUAUUGAAGUUAAGAAAAGGAUAAAUAGCCAUGGAUACUUUAGGGGAACUCCUAAUCCAUGGACUACAGUGAUUGAGAAUGAAAUGCACUAUGACCAUGUUUUGUCUGCCCUUGGUGUACUUAUUGGUCAUGUAAAUCGUUUAAAGCUAGAUGAUGCUUUAUGCAAUGGUGAGCUUUUGUCUUAUCAUCUGUACAAAGGUUGUCUCAGGUUGGAUGGUCAAGCUCUUGUGAAUCUAGAAAUUUUUGGGAAUAAUUUUGAUGGUGGCUUAUCUGGAACAUUGUAUAAACAUCUUGACCAUUGCAGAACUACUUCUGGGAAACGACUUCUAAGGAGAUGGAUCUGCCAUCCCCUAAAACAAAUUGAUGAUAUUAAUGACAGGCUUAAUGUCGUUGAGGGUUUAAUAAAUAAUCCAGAAGUGAUUGCUGUUAUAUCCCAAUAUCUGUGUAAACUACCUGAUCUUGAUAGAUUGUUGGGCCGUGUCAAUGCCUCAGUUGGUUCAUCAUAUUUGCUUUUGCUGCCUUCGAUUGGUGCAAAGAUGUUGAAACAGCAGAUCAAAACAUUUGGUUUACUUAUAAAAGGUCUUAGGAUGGGGAUGGAUUUGUUGAUGCUCUUACAGAAGGAGCACAAAGUUUCUUUCUUGUCUAAGGUUGUGAACCUACAUUUGCUGAGCGGACUUGAUGAGCUACUUAAACAGUUUGAAGCAGCUAUGAGUGAAGUUUUUCCCUGCUACCAGGACCAUGAUGCGAAAGAGUCGGAUGGUGAAACAUUGUCUGUUCUAAUUGAAAAGUUUGUUGGAAAGGCAGCAGAUUGGUCUCAAGUCAUCCAUACGGUCAACCGCAUUGAUGUAUUACAGUCUUUUGCAGCAAGUGCGAUCACAUCGGCUGGUUCUAUGUGUAGGCCUGUUUUCAUGCCAACAAAAAGUUCCAAUAGUUCACGCCAGGGAAGUGGUGGAUCCAUGCUUUGUAUUAAAGGUUUAUGGCAUCCUUAUGCUGUUGGAAAUAAUGAGAAUGGCCAAGUUCCCAAUGACAUUAAUCUCGGUGAAGGCUCUGAGCAACAACCAUGUGCGUUAUUGCUGACUGGGCCAAAUAUGGGCGGAAAAUCGACCCUUCUGCGUGCAACAUGCCUUGCGGUGAUACUCGCUCAGUUGGGAUGCUAUGUGCCUGCUGAUAAGUGCAUGCUUACCCCUGCAGAUGUUAUCUUUACACGGCUUGGUGCAACUGACAGGAUAAUGUCAGGUGAAAGCACCUUUUUUGUUGAAUGCUCAGAAACAGCAUCAGUUCUUCGAAAUGCAACUCAAGAUUCUCUUGUACUGCUUGAUGAGCUUGGUAGAGGGACUAGCACCUUUGAUGGAUAUGCAAUUGCCUAUGCUGUAUUUCGCCACCUGGUGGAAAGCAUUCGCUGCCGGUUGCUCUUUGCCACUCAUUAUCAUCCCUUAACAAAAGAAUUCGCUUCACAUCCUCGCGUCAACCUGCAACACAUGGCCUGCACUUUCGACCAGAAAAUCAAUGGCGAACAAGAGUUGGUCUUUCUCUACCGCCUCGCUUCAGGAUCCUGUCCCGAGAGCUAUGGCCUGCAGGCCGCUCUCAUAGCCGGGAUUCCAAAAUCUGUCGUCGACGCUGCAUCGACUGCUGGCGAACGAAUGAAACUUAUGAUCAGCGGCAAUUUCAAGUCGAGUGAACGGAGAUCGGAAUUCUCUACUCUUCAUGAAGAAUGGUUGAAAUCCAUAUUAUCUCUUUCAAGGAGCAGUAGGGACUGCUGGGAUGAGGAUACAUCUGAUACUAUGCUUUGUUUGUGGCAUGAAAUCAGGAGCUCAUACAGGUAAUGAUUUUUUUUAAGAAUUAGAGUGUUAUUAUUAGCACAUUUGCUUUGUAGCCUGCAAAUGUGCAUUUUUUGUAUGUGGAGCAAUGCUAUUGGACAAAAACUAAGGCUUUAUAAAUGAGUAGGUGAUAACAUAUGUUGGAAAAGGCAUAUAGUUAAGAGUAAUGAUAAUCAACUCAUGUCCUUCGAUGAGAUCCACUUAUGCUUAGCUGUCAUAUAGAUGUAAAUUUCCAUUUGU